UAAACAACGUCUUGCCACCUUGCCACCCCUCCGGUCCGAGUUGGUCUCGUCCGUGUGUCCAGCAUCAAACGCACAUGUUGGGUGUGUUGUGUUGAGGAUUGCAGCGAUAUUACAGCAUUUAGUGAACCUCUGCGCUGUUACGUUGCUGUCUGCUCUCUAAUGAUCACCGUUACAAUGCGUUAAGUGUUACAGGCAUUGAGAAACACUGAAAACAAUCAGCUUUAUAGUAGGAAACACUUGUUGUGAGGAGGUUGACACGCGUCCCAGCGUGUCUGCAGACGGUUCCUGUUCACCUGUGAAGGCUUUGAGGCUCGCCGUGUGACGCCAUGAGUUCCAAGGUGUGUAAGAACUGCGGCAGCUCGGACAUCGACGUGGACCACGCCCGCGGCGAUGCCGUCUGCAUGACCUGCGGCUCCGUGCUGGAGGACAACAUCAUCGUGUCCGAGGUGGAGUUCGUGGAGACGGGAGGCGGAGGCUCGUCGGCUGUGGGACAGUUCGUCUCCUCUGAAGCUGGAGGUGUCAACCCGACAUUUGGAGACAACCACUUCACCGGUGUUGGGAGGGAGUCCAGAGCUCAGACGGUGCAGAGAGCGAGACAUAACAUCAACUCCCUGGGUCACCAGCUGCAGAUGAACAAGCACUGUCUGGACACGGCCUUGAACUUCUACAAGAUGGCGCUCCAGAAACACCUGACCAACGGCCGCAAGACCGCCCACAUCAUCGCCGCGUGUCUCUACCUGGUCUGCCGAACCGAGGGAACGCCACACAUGCUGCUGGACUUCAGUGACAUCCUGCAGGUUAACGUCUACGUGCUGGGAAGAACCUUCCUCGUUCUGUCCAGAGAGCUGUGCAUCAACGCCCCGGCUAUAGACCCGUGCCUGUACAUCGCCCGCUUCGCCCAGCUGCUGGAAUUUGGGGAGAAGAACCACGACGUGUCCAUGACGGCCAUGAGACUGGUGCAGAGGAUGAAGAGGGACUGGAUGCACACGGGACGAAGGCCGUCGGGACUCUGUGGAGCAGCUCUGCUUGUUGCCGCUCGUAUGCACGACUUUCGCCGCACCACCAAAGAAAUCGUCAGCGUUGUGAAAGUGUGUGAAACCACGCUAAGAAAAAGACUUAUAGAGUUUGAGGACACACCCACCAGUCAUCUGACCAUCGAAGAGUUCAUGAAGAUGGAUCUGGACCAAGAGUGUGACCCGCCCUGCUUCACAGCCGGACUGAGGAAGAAAAAAUUCAAUCAGCUGGAGAUCGAGCUGAAGAAACAGAUGGAUGACGUGGAAGAUGAAAUUCAAGGCUAUCAGGACGAAAUAGACGCAGAGCUUCAGGACUGUCGACCCAAACUGAGAGGAGUUUACGCCGCCUACGCUAAGAUAGACGGUGAAAAGGCCGAUGGCGACGUCCUCUCCACAUCGACGGCAGACUGCGAGGAACCAGGAGAGGAAGAGGAGCUCCAGGCCGUGGCCAAGCACUUUGGCAAAGACCUCGACGAGCUCACGCUGGAGGCUCUGAUCAAACUGGAGCAGAGGAGACCAGAGGGGGAAGAGGAGAACCAGGACCAGGAGGAGGAUGUCCCGAAGCGAAAAGCCCCGUCGCUGGAGUCCAUCCUGGGCCCGAUGCCCACGGCAGCCACGCUCGGCCUCCCCGAGUCCAUCGGCGACUGCAUCGGGGACGGGAAGGAGAACGAUGGUGCUGCUGACAGCGGGGAGCUGGACCUGAGUGGGAUCGAUGACACCGAGAUAGAGCUGUAUCUGCUGAGUGACACAGAAAUCAAAGUGAAGACGGCGCUGUGGAUGGCAGAAAACUCCGACUACCUCAAAGAGCAGAAAGAAAAGGAAGCAAAGAUAGCGAAGGAGAGAGCCCUCGGGAUCUACAAAGAAAAGAAGCCCAGAGGACCCACGAGGAAGCACCCCCCGAUCCGAGCCAACACCGCAGACGAGGCCAUCGAGAUGAUGCUGGAGCAGAAGAAGAUCUCCUCCAAGAUCAACUACGACGUCCUGAAGGACCUCAACAUCAAGCCCGGCGCCAGCCCGGCUCGCCAGGCCGAGUCCCCGAAGAGGGAACCGUCUGCCGCCAAACUGACCGGACGCUACCGCAAACCUGUUCGAGCUCCUCUCAGCCUCAGCACGCCGCUCAGCACCCUGGGAAAAAGGUUGCAGCCGUUCAUCACUGGACAGCCCAGCAAGAAGCUCGCUGUGGAGCAGAUUGCCAACUCCAGCUCCCUGCCGGUGCCCGUGGGAGCCCCCGCUGCGGUGGUGGAGAGCGGGCCGGUCGUCUAUGACGAUGUGGCCGGUGAAGAGGAAGAGGAGGAGGAAGAGGAGGCUUGUGUCAGCGCCAUGGAUCUGAUGGGCAGCAACGAUUAUGGCAGUGAUGCAGAUUACGAGGAUUGAUUCAAGCAGUGGUCUAUCCUGGGAUUUUAUCCCCAACUUGUACGGACAAUUUUGGAUCCUCAAGUGUAUCAAAUGUUUACUACCAGGGACACACAAUGGCUUCAGCUACAGAUGGGAGCUGUGAUGCCAAGAGGAACGAGGAAGUCCUAUCAGGAGGAAAUGGGGACGUUUGUGCAAGAAAACAAACACUGGGGAUAAAAAAAUCACACUCCUUGUGCCAUUUGGCAUCCCCAACUGGACUGAACUGGGAGGACUCGCUGCUUGGAUGCUGACUGAGAUGGUGAAGUGGGAAUGAGGGAUAUAAGUAUAUUAAUCGGUGUCGGUCACAGGCCGCCUGUAGGGGUGAUACUGCAAUAUAAAACAGAGGAAACACACCAGUAAGCUCGGGUUAGUUGAUUUACAGGUUAGAAGACAUUUAGGUUAAAACUGGGAUAAACAUUUAGACGACUAGGUUCCAUAUAACUGUUGUUAUAUCAGCAUUUAAAGGAAUACUUCACCCCUAAAAUGAUCAUUUGUAUAUUAAUUACUCACCCCGUGUUACCUUGAAUUCUUGGAGAAAACUUCUCUCAAACCUCCACCGUGAACGAAGCAUAAAAAAACAGAGAAACGUCUUGAUGAAUUGAAGUAAAAGGAGGUCGCGUUUAAAACUAUAUCAAAACAUCCGUUAACAAACUCUCACACAUCUCGUGCUGUAUAAUCUAAAAAAGUCUCAUUUAUCCAGUCGGAUGCUCACGACUCCCCAAACACAUACAUCUUCACUAAAACCUGAAGAAACACUUUAUAAUAACUAUCGUUUAUAAAUGGUGAAUUGAUAGUUAAUUAAACUUAUUUAAUAGAUAUUUUACUCUUAACAAUGACAUGAUAAUUAAUAAUGUUUAC